AUGCCUUCGAAAUCGCAAAGGAAGAACAAUGGCGGCGGCGGCAGCGCUGCUGCUCCCGCGCCUGGCGGCAUCGGCCGGCUCCUCGCCAUUCUCGGUCUCCUGACCGCGCUGCUGGCCUCGGUCGUGUACGUGGCGGAGCAGAACCUCGACAAGUUUUACGUGUUUGAGCUGGACCACCUGCAGGACCUGGCCAAGCGCAGCGUCGACCGCCACGGUAACGACACGCGCGGCGCGGUGCGAUACAUUGUCGACGAGCUGAGCGCAACGUACCCGGCGCACAUUAAUCUCGAGGAGGAAUGGGUGUUUAAUAAUGCGGGCGGCGCAAUGGGCGCCAUGUACAUUAUCCACGCGAGCAUCACCGAGUAUCUCAUUAUUUUCGGCACGGCGGUCGGCACCGAGGGCCACACGGGCCGGCACACGGCCGACGACUACUUUCACAUCCUUACGGGCACGCAGACGGCGUACGUGCCGGGCGAGUACGAGCCCGAGGUGUACCCGCCGGGCAGCGUGCACCACCUGCGCCGCGGGCAGGUCAAGCAGUACAAGAUGCCCGAGAGCUGCUUCGCCAUGGAGUACGCCCGCGGCUGGAUCCCGCCCAUGCUGUUCUUUGGCUUCGCCGACGGGCUCUCCAGCACGCUCGAUUUCCCGACGCUGUGGCGGACGACGUACAUCACCGGCAAGCUGACGAUUGCGCAGCUUCUCCGCGGCAAGUUUUGA